CAAGGUCAAAAUCGAAACAUUGUUGAACUCCCUUGGGACGGUACUACGAAGUAUUAAAUAUACCAGUAAAAGCCAAACUCAGAGCAAAACAAGACGAGUUUUAUAAACAUGGUCGACACCGAAGCGUUAUUUCAAAGGAAACUCAAACGAAUUGCUGCUCCUUCGCCGAAAGACAACGAAUUUUCGCUUGUAGCUUAUAACAUCCUGUGCGACGGUGUUUUUCACAAAGGCUCCGCAAAAUACCCUUACAUUACGGAUGAAUCUAUAAAAUAUCGAGGGCCUGACCCGUCUAUUGCUCCAAGACAUAUCCAGCUUAUAAAAGAGGUAAGACUAAAGCGAUAUUUGUUAAAAUGCCAAUGAAAUGUCAUGAUUUUUGCCAGCUGUUUAACGAAUACCGGUUACAUUCAUCUGAUUCAUGUCGUGUGUAUAAAUUUGGCGUAGGAGAAUUUCCGGUCAUUAUAAAUAUUUGUAGCGAAUCUAACACGAAUUUCAGUUGGAGAUAUUUAAAUUUAACUGUAAUUUUUACUUAUAUACGGUUUAUAAAUGCUAGUCCUUGUAAAAAGCCGUGCGGGAAUUGUUUUGAAAUACUUCGGCUAUAAUUUAUAUCGAGAUUUAUAUAUUACGCAAUGAACUUUGUUUACUUUUAUAUGUGUUUUAUACACGCCUAUUAAACACACCCAACUCAAAAUCUCGAUGUUCUUUUAGUUCUAUAAAUGUUACACGAGUUGUCCGUUUUAUGCCCAGCUUUUAAAACAAAUACUUAAAACCUAUGUGAAAGUUUUGAGAUAUUCGAAAAUUUCGAAAAUCUCAUCGAUUUUUUUAAUUUUGAAAAUUUUACAUGUAAAUAUACCCCCCAUCAACAAACACUUGAAUAUUUGAAAUAUUCAAGUGUUUGAAUAUAUGGAAAUAUGUUUUAAAAUCUGUUCAGUGUCUCCUCAAUUUGACUAUAUAUGUUUGUAGUUAGUGAUUAAAAUCAAAGACUGAAAUUAAUAUCCAAGCAAUCUUACAAAUAUUCUUGGCUAUCAUUUUUUUUUAAAUUGCCUUUUAUAAUAUAGGUUAAACACUCGUGCAAAAAUUCCCCAAAUUGUAAAUUGUGUCUGCGAAUAUCAUACAUUUAACUGGUUCAAAUUUUAACAAAACUGUCACAAAAUAUGCUUUAUCUCAAGAGGACGGUAGGUCGGGAAAAAAUUUUAAAAAAACAACGAACUGAGUAUAAAUGAGAACCGAAAUUAAUAAUCUUUAUAAAAUUUUUUCAUGUCAAUUUAAAAAAAAAAGCAAAACGCAAGUGUACUUCAUGUCAGAACUCUAAAUUAAUUAAAAUUAACUAAAAUUGUAAAAGUUUUGACAUCCAAAUUUUUUUUUAUUUUUCACUUCCUGAAUAUUUACGGUUGGCGGAUCCGUAAACCAAUGAAUAAAAAAAGUCUCGCCCAAAUGAAGUAUCUAGGCAGGGUCUGCAAUUUAUACAUUUUCAUUUUACCCAGGGUACCCAGGGUUUUUUUCAGGGAUUUUUUAGGGCCGUUAAACGGCCCCAAAAACUCAAUCUUGAAUUGAGUUUUGAAACUCAAUCUUCUCACCAAAGUUUCAGUGCAGUAAAAAUGAAGUUGUUUGAGUUAAAUUUCGUGACGUGUGGAAAUUAGUUUUCAGUUGGAAACCCGACAAUUAAGAAAAAAUGGCUGGAAUUCAUCUCACAACACAAGAAAAAAUAUGCAUUCGCCAUCUUUAACCAGUUUAUAGUGUCCCUUAGUGCCCCUGCUUUAACACAUUCCGUCUCAACUACAUUUAUUGAGUACAGGUGUCAGCCCCCCGGUAGAGGGAGGGGGUGCAGCCACCCCAGCUGUUCAGCUAAACUCAAUCUUCUCUGCAAAAACGGACCCAAGAGAAAAUCCUGGGAAAAAACCCUGGGUACCAGAAUAGUCCUUUUUAAAAACUCUGCCUUGUGACGUAGUUUGUGGAUAUCAAAUAUCAUUGUUAAAAGUUGAAAAUCUUCAACUUCAAAAACUUUUUUCCGACGGAAAAUUUGUGAAGGCCAAUCACAUUUUACAAAAUUUUCUUGACUGUCUUGCCAGAAUUAUAUCAGAUGUCAAUGUGUAAAUAUGUCAAUGGUAUGAAAUUAAUCAAAUUAUAUUCAACCCCCUGGGAAAUAGAUAUUUCCAGGGGGGUGGGUAUUCUAAUUGCCAACUCAGAUAUUACAGUUCAAAUUCAUCCUAAUGGUGUCCCAAGUUUACAAACGGAACACCCCCCGUUUAGGAUGAACCCGUUUAUAUUUUAUGCUGCAUUUCAGUUGAGUUGGCUGGACGGCGAUAUAGUGUGCCUACAAGAAGUCGACCCAUUCUAUUUCCCACACUUGUUGGUGGAGCUCGACAGCCUCGGCUAUCACGGCGUCUAUAAACAACACGAUAGCUUGCAUGGCGUGGCGACCUUCUAUAAAAGAGCCAAGUUCUACAUGAAAAGCUCGGACGUGUAUGGCUUCGCUGAGCUACUUGGUGAACUUGGCGACGCCGAGAACCAGUUGAAAGAUGCCAAUAGGCAUAACCAAAGAUACGCGCUGUACACUACGUUGCAAGAUUUGCAAACUGGCAAGGAAGUGGUGAUAGGUUGGUCGUGUGUAUCAAAUUUAACACGCAAACAGAGGUGGAAAAAAUGUUUCGUUCUCUCGGAACCUGUUUUGAUGGUUUAAAACUUAGUGUUCAAUUUCUGAAUAUUUCAUGAAAUUCUUGCCCUGCACAUUGUAGAAGUAAUUUUCAAAUAUAUGAGCAGAAUAUUGCAUGGCUAAAACUAGUAAGAAUAAGUCUAGUCUUUUUCGGAUGAAAACUAGUAUUCUGUCAGCAAAGCCCUAUAAAUUACUUGUCUGCGAGGCUUGUUAGCCCAAUUCUGAUGCACCUGUAUAGAUAUUUGUCAAUCGACUGCAUUUCUGCACAACUAAAGGUUCCAAAACAAUUUCUGGGAAAUAUACGUUCUCAGGUUCCAAAACUUUUCCCACCUCUGUUUAUAUAAGCCUACUAACUCCAUUUUGCUUUGGUGAGGCAAGUAUGGAGACUACGUACCUCAGAAAUCCUAGUGGAAAAGACUUCUCAAAGACGGUUCAACGGUAUCAUUGGUGGAUUACUAUAUAAAACAAUUAAAAUAAAUGUUAAUUUUUUAAACUUUCAACCGUAAGCUCGGUUCGUCAACAGCGAAAACAUGUUUUUAUUUUAUUACAUUUUGCUAAAUGCAACAAAAUAGCAUGU